AAUAUAUGUAUACAGUGGUCGAAGAAUUACUUAUUUCCUUUUCCCUUUUAGAUAGUUUCCACCAGGUUUCUUAGAAACUUAAGCAUCUCAUUUUGAGUAAAAUUAUAUAUGGUCGAUUAUUCUAUAAUUACGUAACAUCCACAAAGUGGUGACAUGUUCCUCCACAAUCAAUCUUUUCCUAUUUCUUUAUAUAUGUUUUUACUGAACAAUUUUUAAAAUAGCAACAAAUAUUUUGUCUGAAAUGUUCUUGUCUUUUCCUAGCAUCAAUUAGAUAAUCGGUGACAGUCGUUCCUUUGAUAAUGACUUAAGUCUGUGGUUGUCCCCUGCCCUGGAAGUAUAAAAGAAGCAGAAGCACAGUUAGAGUUCAUUUGGGAGGGAAUCAUCCACACAAUGUCAUAAACUGUCUUUGUAGUUUCUCACCUAACAUUACAUUGACUUUAAAUCAGACAGUGGUAAGUUUGAGAAGUUCGUCACGAAUGAUUUUUUACUAAUUUAUGGACUGUAGACUGUGUGCUGAUGCUUUAGCUGCACUCUGGGAUCAAUGUUAAAAUAUAAACUGUUUGCACACUUAAAAAUCUGGAACAAAAUAUAACAUUGGUAUCACACUGAGUUUUUCCUGUGCACAGUGUUACUGUGUUUUGAACCGAAAGGAUGAUUGUGAUAAACUCUACACAGGUUUCAUAUUUCACACUUGGUGCCUACUUUGACACUGAGUUGUUUAAAUACUUAUUUUUCAUGAUUAUUGCACAUUUUUAUAUUUUAACUCUUUGUGCCAAUGUUUUGCUCAUUGUGAUUAUCUGUAUGAACAGAAGCUUACAUGAACCUAUGUACAUAUUUCUGUGCAGCCUGUUUGUAAAUGAACUGUAUGGUAGUACAGGGUUGUUUCCAAUGCUUCUGGUUCAGAUUCUCUCUGACAUUCACACUGUUUCUGUUCCCCUUUGUUUCCUGCAGAUUUUCUGUGUGUACUCUUAUGUAAGUGUAGAAUUUACUAACUUAGCUGCGAUGUCUUAUGACAGAUAUCUUGCUAUCUGUUAUCCUUUACAAUAUAAUGCAUAUAUGACUUCUAGUAAGAUUGCCAUGCUUAUUGCUGUUAUAUGGUUACCUCCUUUUCUUGCUGUUUUUGUCACAACAUCCCUGAGCGCCUCUUUACAGUUGUGUGGGAACAUUAUUAGUAAAGUAUACUGUGACAACUAUUCUGUCAUAAAACUGGCUUGCUUUGACACCAGAAUAAAUAAUGUAUAUGAACUCACUGCUGCUUCUCUCACAAUCUGUGUUCCAGUAUCUGUUAUUUUUUACACGUACUUAAAGAUCCUUAAAGUUUGUUUUUCUGGUUCACAACAGACCAGACAAAAAGCCAUCAGUACCUGCACACCUCACCUUGCUUCCCUUCUUAACUUUUCUUUUGGGGUUUCCUUUGAAGUACUGCAGAACAGGUUUGACAUGAGCAGUGUACCCAAUAUGUUGCGAAUAUUUUUAUCAUUGUAUUUUCUUACAUGCCAACCACUCUUCAACCCUUUAAUGUAUGGCCUCAACAUGUCCAAAAUACUGAUCAUUUGUAAAAGUGUGCUUUUAAGUUCUCUUGGGAAGUGUUGAUCAUCCAAUAAAUUUGUCCAGUUUGAAUAACAAGAGAAAAUAUUUGGAAUAUAAUAAAUUUGUUAUGCAAGUUUCACAAAA